AUGAAGCCUUUUAGCCUUUCCACUGUUGUACUCAUUCUAAGCAGCCUCUCACUAUCGGCUUCUGCCGGCGUGUCUUUUUCCCAGAGUCUUGGAGUAUCCCGGAGCGGCAGUGUUUUCGGGAUCCCGCGUGGCGGCGGUUUGUUUGGAGGAAAAGAUGAAUCCAAAAAGGAAACUACUGUAGAUGAGGAGACAAAAAAGUAUGCCGCCAUGACACAAGAAGAGAUUGAAGAAUGGUUGGAGCAUGUUCCUGUCUUCGCGGUUACCGAUUCGAACGGAGCGGGUGUUGUUCUCAAGCCCGAAAACGACACAAGUGUGUUCUAUUUUUUCUUGAAUCCUAUGCAAGCUAAUGCUACCUUGACGCAGCUCAAAGGUGCCAAUGACGAAAUGGAUCUGAAGGUAUCCGCUUUUUCUCUCGGAAAAAUUUGGUUCAACCUUUUGAAUGGCGACCCCGAACGGGAAGUCAAGCUCACCUCGCCUGGUGCCGAGGACGGAGAAGGUGAGACCACAAAGGGAGUUGAGUACCGACUAGUACCUGAUACCCGUGAUUUGCUUGGAGCUCGAAUGCUUCUUACCAUGACGCCCGAGGAUGGAGAAGCUAUGAAAGAGAGCGGAGGAAUGACACCUGAGAUGGCUCAGGCCGCUAUUAAGAAGGCCAUGGAAGACUCACCGAAAUUUAAGUCGACAUACAACGAAAUCCCUGUUUUUACGAUUGCGCAGAUGCGUAUGCAAAAACAGCCGUCUGAAGGUGAAGAAAGUGAGCCGAUCACCCUCCUGCCCAUGUAUUUUAGUAUGCAAAACAUGGUAGGAACCUGGCAGGAGUUCAUGAAGCAAGCCCCUACGGAUGUCCAGGGUGUGGAACCGGCCAUCAACCUAAUGUCGCUCAAAGAUUUGGUAGAAAUGAUGCAAAAGGAGUCCGAAAUUGAUUGGCGCCAUGUUGUGUUGGUCCCUCCAGCCCCUGUCGGUGCCGACAGCGAAACAUCUGCAUCUACCGCCACAGUGGCAGAUCCUAUGGCCCAAAUGGGCGGUGCCACCCUCGGCGACGAAUAAUGAAGCAUAGAUAGGACGAUUCAUUAAUGUAAGGUUACUCGAUC